AUGUCGAUGACAGACUUGCUCCACGCUGAGGACAUCAAGAAGGCAGUGGGGGCCUUUACCGCUGUUGACUCCUUCGACCACAAAAAGUUCUUCCAGAUGGUUGGCCUGAAGAAAAAGAGCCCGGAAGACGUAAAGAAGGUAUUCCAUAUCCUGGAUAAAGACAAGAGCGGCUUCAUCGAGGAGGAGGAGCUGGGAUUCAUUCUGAAAGGCUUCUCCCCAGAUGCCAGAGACCUGUCUGUUAAAGAAACCAAGAUGCUGAUGGCUGCUGGAGACAAAGAUGGAGAUGGCAAGAUUGGGGCUGAUGAAUUUUCCACUCUGGUGGCUGAAAGCUAA